AUGCGGCGGCGGCAACGCCGCGACGCUGUUCGCGGGUCAGGUCCGUCCCUUCCCGCGGCCUCCUACUCCUCGUCGUGGUGUCCCCACCACCGCGUCUGGCGUUUUCUGAGGCCCCCUCCCUCUUUCUCGCGGCAGCUCGCCGCUCGCGGCGCGAAGACGGCGAUCUUGAGCACGUACCCCGGCGAGGCCGCGACGUUCCAGAGCGGAAGCUGCUGCCCCGAGCCGAUCACCGUCCGAGGGUGGCCGAGAGACCCGAGCACGCUGGUCGGAUACUCCGUCGCGUUCGACACCGUGGAGCGCGCGUUCGCCGCGGACCGAGGCGAAGGAGACUUGUGCGCGUACGACCUCGUGCUCCUCGCGCUCCCCGCGUUCGCGCACGACGCAUAUCUCAACGCGCUGGCGCCGUGGAUCGAGAAGAGCGCAAACGCGCACGCGCACAGACCCCCGUGCGUCCUCGCCGCCGCGGUCGCCCAGGGCGGGUUCGACCUCGCGGCGAGAAACGCGCUGCAGGCGGCGAGAGCGCACAAGACGGUCGUCGUCGCCGGGCUCGAGACGUUGCCGUGGACGUGCCGCGCGCGUCGGAGACCCACGGGCGGGCACGACGUUGACAUCGGCGGCACGAAGCACGAGGUAGACGUCGCGAUCUCCGUGCACCCGGUCACCGCGAACGCGACCGGGGAUUUGAUCGAGCACGGCGCGAGGGCGCUGGACGUCCUCCAGUGCGCCGUCGGCGAGAAUCCUCUGCUCGUCGUCGCGAGCGGGUUCUUGGGCGUCUCGAUGAUGAACAUCAACGCCCUGUGGCACCCGGCGCUGAUGUACCACCGGUGGAAGAACUGGGACGGCCGCGAGACGUUCACGGAGCCGCCGCUUCUGUACGAGGUCGCGUGCGACGAAGCUGGGAUCACGAUCAGCGCGAUGUCGAUCGAAGUCAAAGCCGUGAUCGACGCCCUGAAAGCGGAAUUCGGCGACGAGCUCGUCGACGACUUGCACUCGGUGCGAACCGCGCACGAGUGGUUCGUGCGGUCGUACGGGGACCAGCCCGGGAUCGACACGACGUCCGUGGCGACGAUGCUCCGGACGAACCCGGCGUAUAAGGGCCUGACCCACCCGAUGAAACCGGUCGAGGAGGGCGUCCAGAGCGACGUCGCCCCGAGGCUCGUUCCAGACUUUAAGCACCGGUACCUGACCGAGGACAUGCCGUACGGCCUCGUCGUGUUCCGAGGCGUCGCCGAGCUCGUAGGAAUACCGACGCCGACGAUCGACACCGUGAUAUCGUGGGCGCAAACCGCCGCGGGCAAGACGUACCUCGCCGCCGCGAAGCCGGGCGGGCACGGCAUUUCCGAAACCGAGCUUCCCGCGAGUCCGGGGGAAGCCGGGACGCUUCGCUUGACCGGGGAGUCCGUCGCGGAGUCGCGAUGCCCGCAACGGUACGGAUUCUUCGAGCUGAACUGGUUCAUGAAAAAUAGCGGGUACGUCACGACGCCUUCGGCGGGGAAGAACGACGACGCGGGAUGGUUCCGGAUCCCGAAAGUCAAAGGAUCGAGCGACGACGUGACGGGUGCGAUGGAGCCGGAACAACCACGGAGCCCCGCCGCGGCGUGA